GCAGGUGUGUGUUGGGGACAGGUGACCGGAAGGAGGUGGCGAUGGAGAGAGCUGUACAGUGGGAGAACUCAGAGCCAGCGCACGAGGAGAGAACCGGACAGGCAUGAACGGCAAACAGCAGCACUUCCCCGUGCACGCGCCGGUGCACGAGUCCAAGUACUCCGGCAUGCACUCGAGCCCGGAGGCCAUGCGGCGGGUGUGUCUGCCCGCACCGCAGGCCAACAUAUUCUGCGCAUUUGACGAGAGCUUGUUGGCGCGCGCAGAAGCUCUGGCGGCCGCUGAACUCGCCAAGCCUCACGCAACACCGUACCACGCCAUGAACGGCGGCGUGUGCGCCACGUCCACUUCCUCCACGUCCAUCUCUUCCACUUCUUCCCAUCAUCAUCAUCACCAUCAUCAUCACCACCACCUGAGCCAGACGCUGGAGGGCGAGCUCCUCGAGCACCUGUCGUCUGCGCUCGCCGUGGGCGGCUUGGCACCGGAUCCGUCGGCUCUGGCCACGCAAGCGCACCAGCAUCACCUUCCGGCCGUCGCUUGCCACCUGCACCAGGCCACAGGCCACGCAAGUCUCCAACACGCGCACCCCCAACCACAUCUUACCCUGCUUCCAGGCUGUGAUGGAGACUCAGAUCCGCGAGAGCUCGAGGCUUUCGCAGAGCGCUUUAAACAGCGGCGUAUCAAACUCGGCGUGACGCAGGCAGACGUGGGUUCGGCACUAGCCAACCUCAAAAUUCCGGGAGUGGGCUCUCUCAGCCAGAGCACGAUCUGCCGGUUCGAGUCUCUUACGCUCUCACACAACAACAUGAUUGCGCUGCGGCCGGUGUUACAGGCGUGGUUGGACGAGGCCGAGGCGGCGCACCGCGACACGAGCGCGCGCACAGACCUGCUGCUGAACAGUAACGGAGAUCGCAAGCGAAAGCGCACGUCCAUCGCGGCGCCGGAGAAGCGCUCACUCGAGGCCUAUUUUGCAAUCCAGCCUCGGCCUUCUUCAGAGAAAAUCGCUGCCAUCGCCGAGAAACUGGACCUGAAGAAGAACGUGGUCCGAGUUUGGUUCUGUAACCAGAGACAGAAACAGAAGAGGAUGAAAUACUCCGCGGCGCACUGACCGAUCAGCACUUAUUUACAGGAGCUACUAAACACUUUAACGCACGUGACAGGGAUCUACAAGUUCUUCUGAGCAGGAACCGGAACACAGAAAGAGUACUUUUUUAAAAAAAUUUCUCGUUCUCUAAAUGUAUUUUUGCACAAUAAUGUCACAGGACACUUCAUGCAGCUCUGCAUUUCUCUUCUUAAAACAACAAGAUGCCAGUUUUAUUGCGCUUUUCAUUUUGGAGAAGCCUCAAAGGCGAAAGUAGCUUUAACACUUAUUUCAGUAUUAUCGCACAUUAGGUCUUGAAGUGUGUGUAAUUAUUAAGUGUUCAUGCACCUGGACGUGAGCCGAUGGUAAAAUGCCAGAAACAUUCUCAUAAAUAUAAUUCAGUGUUGGUUAGAUAUCUGAUGGAGUUCACUUCCUUCCUCACAGAUCGGACUGAAGAAAUAAAUUCUGCAAAUAUGCGCGACGGAGAAAAAAAAAAAAGAAAAGAAAAAGAAAUGAAGCUGCUAUUGAAUUGUUUAGCUGUGAUCGUAGCCACUUUUACUGACUCGGAGAAAUAUCCUGAGAUUUCACUUGAAAUGUGUGACUGAAUAUUUAAUAAAUGAAUUUUUUUUUCUAAGCUCUCGUGCCCACGUAUAUUUCGGUAAAGAAAUAACAUCCAUCUUU